AUGAGCCCUAAGGAUAUCGACGAGUCACGAUUGUACUGUGAGAAGCACAUGCUCAUGACUUGUAAGAUAUGUCUGCAUAGUGUCAACGUAGCCUCCGACGGUACAAUCCCAAAGAAUGCAACUGACCUAUUCCGUCCUGAUGGGAUUUAUGCGGUUGAACCGCAAUUUCAACUUGCCCAUACACUUGAUAUUGAUAGAUUGGGGUAUAUAGAUGGUUUACACCCAGACAAAGAGAGAAAGCUGCCUCAUAUUGAUCUACUAAAGGCCAUCAAUAACGGUAGUCCAUAUUAUGACUGCAAUUCAUGUGGUCUUACUUACCUCGCAGGUGGUGGGCCUGGGUCCUUCGCUGCACAUCCCUCUCAUGUUUGCUCGGAUGGAGAGCGAUAUUUGAUAGCCAGACUAUCUGCAUCAAAGUUUACCUGCGACUCGAAAAAGACUGUAUGGCAUGGAUCCUUCCAUUUCGGAGACAAGUCCCCUUUAAACGCCCACUACCAAUGUAUAGGAAAGAUUGACAGUAGAAGUGCAGAAUGGAACCUUGACAAUUCUGAGCUAGGGACUCUAACCCAAUUGCUAACAUCGGUAGAAAAAGAGGUUUUCCCCCACAGGCGAAAGCUUGUUGACGAACACGUCUACACGAAUAGCGCCUACUUCGCCGGGCGAGCUCGACGAUUCCAAUUGAUAGUGAUCACUACUCUCAGUAAAACUCUUCUCAGUUUUUUGGGUAGAGUACAGACCUUGAAAUAUAGCCCGAAGAAACAGGCUUACUACGAGAACAAUAGGUUUGGAAUUGUCAAAAGAAUGUAUCCUACUACCGAGGAACGACGUCGCUUGACAGCAAAGUUAUUCGCGGGGCUUAAGCGCCUGGCUAAGCUUGGUAUACAGGUGCAUUGGUCUCCCGGCACAAAAUCUAUGUAUAAGAAGAGAGUCUUCCUUAACGAGCCACAUGUAGUCCCACCGGUACUGAACGAGUCCCAAAACGACCCACCCGCUGAGAAAGAUGUGGAACCGGGCGAAGACGUAGAGGAGGAUGAGUUGAUAGAAGGUGAUUCUCUUGAGGGUAUACCAGACCAGGACCAAUUCCAGAACAUUGAAUACGUUCCGAGUCCCGAGGAAGAUGCUGAGACCCAGGACGCCGUCCAGGAUGCUUCCUCUAACCCGGCCAAGUAG